GUGGGAUUGGACAGACUUUUUCCGAAUUUUAAAGUUUUGUUUUUCUUCUUUUUGAUUAGGAAACUGUUCAAAUUGGGAUCUGUCCGAUCCUUCCCACUUGUCUGCUUCCUACCUAUUCCUCCCCCUCCAUUCCGGGUACUGGGCCAGUCCAUCAGAUUGGCCCUCGGGUGACUCUUCAGACUUCGGGCACAGCAGUGCAUGACACUGCUCACUCGAUCACAGACCAAGGCCAUGGACCGGAAGGCGGGGGAAUCCCUCCUGAGCUAUGAGGAACGCCUGGCGGCAUUCAUUCAGGAGGCCAACGACAGGGCCGCCGCCGAGGCCAAAGAACGUAAUCAGCUCGAACAAGAGGAGGAGGCCAAGCGACAGAAGGAGAAACAGGACCGACUUCCUCAAGAAGAGGCAGACCUGCAGGCGGCAGCCGAACACCGGUCACGCCAGCGGGAACGACUGUUCACGCGGGAGACCGUGAUCGGCGACGAGGCCGCACAUUGGGUGGAAGUGACAUCUUCAAACGGGGCCCCGGAGACUGCGAAAGGGCUGUCAGCCCUUGCGCAGGUCUCCCACGACCUCGUGGCCACCUGCGCUCUGCAGCAGGAGGAAAUCCUUCACCUGCAGCAGACACUGGAGACGCAGGUACAGGAUGCUGCCACCGUGACGCCCGCCGCCGCAUCCUCCCGGCGCCCACCCAAACUGGAUGACAUUCCAGUUUUAUGCGAUCAGUCCAACACGAAACCGAUCCCGUGGUGGCGCCAGUUUACUCUCAGGCUCGACAUGCACCAUGUCCCGAACAACGAUCGACAUCCGUGCUUGUACCACCGAUCUGGUGGUGCAUGUCAAGCAUGGCUGGACAACAUCUUGACCAGCCACGACGUAGMAGUGUCGGAACUGCACACCAAGCUCACUURGCAGRAGUUGACUGACGCCUGGCACAAGCGAUUCCAAGUGGAGCCGCCCGACCUGCAAGCGAUGGACAAGCUCAACAAGCUCCAUCAGAACACGCUGCUCAGUCCGGACUGGAUUACCGAGUUCCAAAGACUCGCCUCCACACCUAACCUGCCGCUUGCUUUCCGUGCUAUUAAGCACUUGUUUAUCAUGCGCUCGUGUCCAGCUYUGCAAAACGCGCUGACGCAGAUUGCAGAGACACUCGACACAUCCGACAAGCUUUUCAGCACCGCGUCACGGAUCAUUCUCACGACUAUCGAAGCCCUCAACGCUGGCCGAUCUUCCGCGACGACGAGCGGCACCCAGCCCAAGCCAGAGGUGGCUUGCAUUACUUCUACCGAGGCUGCAACACCAAACGAGGGUGAAGUGUUGGCAGCUGCCCGGGAUGGUGGCCGGCCGCGCAACAAUCACGGCCGCGACAAGACGAAGACUCAGUCCACCUCUCCACCGAGCACCGGAUCAACCGCCGACGAACCUUGGGCACAAUACGGACUCUCGGCGAAUUCUUAUCGCACGAGACUCAAAUACCGUUCUUCCGCCAGUUCGUCUUCAUCAAGGGAUUCGACAAGCAUGUUCAACAAGGAGGCUUUGAACCCGCUCACACCCGAGGACUUCGCUAGGAUUCCUCUCCCUACGACGGGCAACCUUCCGGGACCACAAAGUGCAGCCCUAUGCGCCCUCUUACACGAGUAUCUUUCCUUCCAUGCACCACCAACUUCGCCGACGGUAAACGAAGUCGCGGUGGGGGACAUGCUUGGCUACGUUGCCAAGGUGGCGCGCGAGUUUGUCUCGCAACGGUAUGAAGAAAACAACGCACCGUUGCUCUACGUUCGCAUUCAGAUUGGGCAAGUGGCUUGCAACGCUUUGCUAGAUUGCGGCGCAACUCGCAACUUCAUCAGCGAGUCCUUCAUGACUCGGGCUGGCCUUGGCGCACAAGUACGGAGGAAGUCACAUCCGACAACGGUCGCUCUUGCCGACGGUAAGACGAAACAGCUUUUAGACCAUUACAUCUCGGCUGUCCCGGUGUACUUUGCACCGCAUGCAUGUGAACCCGUCACUUUUGACGUGUUGGACACCGACUUCGAUGUCAUUUUGGGGAUGCCUUGGCUUUCUAGCGCGGACCACACGGUCAAUUUCCAUCGACGCACGCUCACGAUUCGUGAUGCAACUGGCGUCGAGGUCCCGUGUACUAUUCCUCCUCCUCGCUCUUCCAUUAGGUGCCAAGUCGUGAGUGCCAAAUCUUUUCGAGACACAUGCCGUUCCGAGCAUGUUGAAGAGAUUGGCAUCGCUUUGCUUCGAACCGUCCCGACGACCGAUUCAUCAUCCACAAAGGUGUCUUCCGACCCCCGUGUGACCCGGUUGUUAGACGAGUUCUCGGAUGUUUUUGAGACACCCUCCGGUAUAGUGCCGGACCGGCCAAUCUCUCACGAGAUCAUACUUGAGGCCGGCGCCGUGCCACCGAAAGGAUGCAUUUAUCGCAUGUCCGAGGAGGAGCUCACGGUUCUCUGUGCGCAACUCGACGAUCUACUCGACAAGGGUUGGAUCCGCCCUAGCAGCUCACCUUACGGUGCGCCCGUUCUUUUCGUUCGAAAGAAGAACAAGGACCUUCGACUUUGCAUUGACUACCGACGCCUCAACGCGCAAACCAUCAAGAACGCAGGGCCUCUACCUCGCAUUGACGAUUUGCUUGAGCGGUUGGGCGGCGCCAAGUACUUUUCGAAGUUCGACCUCAAGUUGGGCUACCAUCAGAUUUCCAUCCGCCCGCAAGAUCAGUACAAAACCGCGUUUAAGACGCGAUAUGGGCAUUUUGAGUAGGUAGUUAUGCCUUUUGGCCUCACCAAUGCCUCUGCCACCUUUCAGGCGGCCAUGACCACCAAGUUUUGCGCUA